CAGGUCUGAGACGGUCGCGCGGGUCGAGUCAGCGAGACACCGGUCAGGCACAAAAUACGUCUCAAAACGUAUCGUGCUGUUCUUGUUCACUGCUUUUGGUACAAACGCAAAGUCGUUGUUACCAUCGGGACACGGGACAGAUCAUAAGGAGCAAUAAGCAGGCAAAACACGUCGAGAGGAUUGUAGAACAAGAAGAGAGUUAAAACAAAACAACGCGAUUCUCAGCGAGAUCUACCUGAAAAAUGCUAUGGUUCUCCUGAAAUGCUUCAGAUCUCUUGCCUCAAGCCUCACAGCUCCAUUUUUUAGAUCUCUAAAACCAACGCAUUAACAUCCUAUAUUACCAAUUCAAAGUGUAGCAAUAUAUACAAAUAUUGUAGUAUUUGAAGAACGGACAAGAUGUAUAUGGCAUAUGGAUGGCCUCAGGUGAUCCCUUUAGAGCAAGGACUAUGUCCUUCUUCACAGCAAAUUAUAUACCUCAAAGUCAUGAAUCGCCUCUUGCUUGUCGUCUCUCCUUCUCACCUUGAGCUCUGGAGCUCCUCUCAGCAUAAAGUGAGGUUGGGCAAGUAUAAGAGGGAUGCAAAGUCGGUUGAGAGUGAGGGUGAGAAUUUGCAGGCUGUGUGGAGUCCUGAUGCCAAAUUGAUCGCUAUUCUUACUACAUCCUUCUUUCUUCACAUAUUCAAGGUCCAAUUCACUGAAAAAAGAAUACAAAUUGGAGGGAAGCAACCGUCUGGUUUGUUUCUCGCUAAUAUAUCUCUUCUUCUCAGUGAGCCCGUACCUUUUGCAGAAAAGAACUUGACAGUGAGCAAUAUUGUGAGUGAUAGCAAACAUAUGCUUCUUGGACUUCCAAGUGGAUCCUUAUAUAGUAUUUCCUGGAAGGGAGAGUUUAAUGGCGCAUUUCAACUUGAACCCUGUCCACAUGAGAGCAGCGAAGUCUCUAUUUCACCGCACUCUUUAGUUAAUGGCCUUGGUUCAGGGCCUUCAGGAGGUCUUGCAUCUAACCAUAAUAUCAUCAGGAAGCCUGCUAUUACACAGCUGGAGCUUUGCUUACCAAUGAGGUUGCUAAUUGUUUUAUACUCUGAGGGACAACUGGUAUAUUGUUCUGUAAGCAAGAAAGGUUUAAAGCAAGCUGAAUCUAUCAGAGCUGAAAAGAAGUUAGGUUCUGGUGAUGCUGUGUGUGCUUCUGUAGCUUCAGAUCAACAAAUCCUUGCGGUUGGUACUAGAAGAGGGGUUGUUGAGUUAUACGAUCUCACUGAAUCUGGGUCACUCAUUCGUUCUGUGUCUUUGUAUGAUUGGGGAUACUCAAUGGAUGACACUGGUUCUGUCAGUUGUAUUGCAUGGACACCUGAUAAUUCUGCUUUUGCUGUUGGGUGGAAGUUAAGAGGACUUACAGUUUGGUCUGUCUCUGGCUGUCGGUUGAUGUCAACAAUCCGUCAAGUUGGUUUAGGUUCUGUUUCUUCCCCAAAAGUUAAAUCAAACCAAGAUUGUAAAGAUGAGCCGUUGAUGGGUGGCACCUCCCUAAUGCAGUGGGAUGAAUAUGGGUAUAAACUUUAUGCAAUUGAAGCAGGCUCUAGGGAGAGAAUUAUUGCAUUUUCCUUUGGGAAAUGCUGUCUUAGCAGAGGAGUGUCAGGCAUGACUUAUGUCCGUCAGGUGAUAUAUGGUGAAGAUCGAUUGCUAGUCGUGCAGUCAGAAGAUACUGAUGAACUUAAAAUUUUACAUCUAAAUCUUCCAGUUUCUUACAUUUCUCAAAAUUGGCCAGUUCAACAUGUAGCAGCUAGCAAGGAUGGAAUGUACUUAGCAGUUGCUGGUCUUCAUGGGUUGAUAUUAUAUGACAUGCGAUUGAAAAAGUGGCGAGUUUUUGGUGACAUUACUCAGGAACAAAAGAUUCAGUGCAAAGGUUUGUUAUGGCUGGGGAAGAUUGUUGUUGUCUGCAACUACAUUGAUUCUUCUGACACCUAUGAAUUGCUUUUUUAUCCAAGAUAUCAUCUUGACCAGAGUUCUUUGCUUUGUCGUAAGCCAUUAUUUGCCAAACCAAUGGUGAUGGACGUCUAUCAGGAUCACAUUCUUGUCACCUAUCGCCCAUUUGAUGUACACAUAUUCCAUGUGAAAUUAUUUGGUGAACUAACGCCUCAUAGCACUCCAGUCCUGCAGCUUUCUACAGUACGAGAACUCUCAAUCAUGACUGCAAAGAGUCAUCCUGCUGCAAUGCGUUUUAUCCCUGACCAGAUUCCAAGAGAAGGUGUCUUAAAAAAUCACCUUUCCCCGUCUUCAGAUUUAUUAGCAAGAGAACCUGCAAGAUGUUUAAUGCUGAGGACAAAUGGGGAGCUUUCACUUUUGGAUUUGGAUGAUGGACGUGAAAGAGAGCUUACUGACUCCGUUGAGUUAUUUUGGGUAACUUGCGGUCAAUCAGAGGAGAAGACUAAUCUAGUUGAGGAAGUGUCUUGGUUGGAUUAUGGCCACCGAGGAAUGCAGGUGUGGUAUCCAUCUGCAGGUGUUGAUCCUUUUAAGCAGGAGGAUUUUUUGCAGUUGGACCCAGAGCUGGAAUUUGAUCGUGAAGUGUAUCCUUUGGGGCUUCUUCCAAAUGCUGGUGUUGUUGUUGGUGUAUCCCAGAGAAUUUCAUUUUCAGCAUGCACUGAGUUUCCUUGUUUUGAGCCAUCACCACAAGCUCAAACUAUAUUGCAUUGCUUACUCAGACACCUUCUCCAGAGGGACAAAAGCGAGGAGGCUUUAAAACUGGCACAAUUAUCAGCACAAAAGCCUCAUUUUUCCCAUUGUUUGGAGUGGCUUCUUUUUACUGUAUUUGAUGCAGAAAUUUCCAGGCAAAAUGUUAACAAAAACCAAGUAUCAGUCCUUAAACAUGCUGGCAGCUGCUCUCUUUUGGAGAAGACAUGUGAUUUGAUCAGAAAUUUCCCAGAGUAUCUCGAUGUAGUUGUAAGUGUAGCAAGAAAAACUGAUGGCCGACACUGGGCAGAUUUAUUCUUAGCGGCUGGGCGAUCCACAGAGUUGUUUGAGGAAUGUUUCCAACGAAGAUGGUAUCGAACUGCAGCUUGCUAUAUACUUGUUAUUGCUAAACUUGAAGGGCCUGCUGUCAGUCAAUAUUGUGCUUUACGUUUGUUACAGGCAACACUUGAUGAAUCUUUGUAUGAACUUGCUGGGGAGCUGGUGAGGUUCUUGUUGAGAUCUGGAAAAGAAUAUGGGCAGGCAUCAGCAGAUUCUGACAGAAUGUCUCCAAGAUUCUUGGGUUAUUUUCUCUUCCGUUCUAGUUACACGAAGACAUCCUUGGAUAAGAGCAACUCAUUCAAAGAGCAAAGUGCUCAUGUUGCUUCUGUGAAAAACAUUUUAGAAAGCCAUGCUAGCUAUUUGAUGUCAGGGAAAGAACUUUCCAAGCUUGUUGCAUUUGUGAAAGGCACUCAGUUUGAUUUAGUGGAAUAUCUUCAACGGGAAAGAUAUGGUUCUGCUCGAUUGGAAAACUUUGCGUCAGGGCUGGAACUAAUUGGGCAGAAGCUUGAAAUGGGUACACUGCAGAGUCGCCUAGAUGCUGAGUUUUUGUUGGCUCAUAUGUGUUCUGUCAAGUUCAAGGAGUGGAUAGUUGUCUUGGCCACUCUCUUAAGAAGAUCCGAGGUUCUUUACGAUCUUUUCCAGCAUGACAUGCGGUUGUGGAAGGCAUAUAGCAUCACUCUUCAGUCACACCCUGCAUUUGCUGAAUACCAAGAUUUACUUGAUGCCUUGGAGGAGAGGCUCUCAUCUGGCUCAAAUUUGGAAGACAAGUGAGGGCGUGUUUGGUGACUUGCGGAGAGUGAAACUAUUCUUUUCAAGACAGAGAAAUAAUGCGAGAGGGGAAAUAGCUUCCAGGCAAAUCCAGAAACCAAAGAUCAUUUGUCUCUGCAGAUGAGCAAUUUGUUGCUCUGACUGCAUAAGAAAGAGCAACCCAGAAAACUUCUUGGGGUGAUAUGUAGAGAUUCUUGUAGAUAAUUCGGUUGAACUAUACUAGACAGUUAUUUUUGACCUUUUUGUUGUUACUAUUUUCAUAGUUUUUACCUGUGUAUAACAUUACCUUGCUUUGUUGUAUAAAUAGAAAUAAAGCAAUUUUUUUCUGAA